CAUUAAAAAAUCUUUUGUUCAAUUAACAACAAGUGUGAAGUGUGGUGUGCCGAUCGCUGAAAAGGAUAAGCCCAACUUUGGAUUACAUUACCGAAUCACAUAAAACAACAUGAAGAACUUUGCCCUUUGCCUGUCCGCUGCUGCGCUGCUCUGCCUGGUGAAUGCAGCCCCAAAGCCCCAGGGUGGCGAGCCCAUUGCGAUCAUUAGCCAAGAGUCCAAUAUCGAGCCGGAUGGUGCCUACAAUUAUGCCUACGAAACGGCUAAUGGAAUCAAGGCCGAGGAAACUGGAACUGUAAAGAAGGCCACAUCGCCGGACUCCACGGAUGUGAUCAUUGUCAAGGGCUCCGUGUCCUACACCUCACCCGAGGGCGAGCUGAUCACUCUCAACUAUGCGGCCGAUGAUGAGAAUGGUUUCCAGCCACAGGGCGCGCAUUUGCCCACUCCUCCACCAAUCCCACCAGCGAUCCAGAAGGCGCUCGACUAUCUGCUCAGCCUGCCCCCAGCACAGCGUCGUCAUCAAGUUGAUUUUAUCACGAACGAGUCGAAUGUGGAAUACAAUGGCAAAUUCUACUACCAAUACGAGCUGCUCGACGGCUCAAAAGCUAUACAAAACGGCGAAUUGAAAAAGAUCGGAGAGGAUCAGUACGGCGAAGCGGUCAAAGGAUAUUUCUCGUUCCCUGGCGACGAUGGCCAGGAAUACUCCAUAAGUUAUACAGCCGACGAGAAUGGCUAUCGGCCAGUUGGCGAUCAUUUGCCCACACCGCCACCCACGCCCGAGUCGGUGCUGAAAACCCUCAAAUACCUAGCCGAGCAUCCCUACCAGCCCAGCGAGAAACAGCCCCCUACAGACAAUUCUAAGCUCAACAGAAUGUACAAAUUCGUGACUGUCUUGUGCUCGGCUCUGCUGCUGACCUAUGUCUUGGCCCGUCCGCAGGAUGCGCGCGCCGCUAGCUCGAUCACAACAACCACCACACAGGCCAGCAUCAUCCAGCAGGAAAAUGUGAACAAUGCCGAUGGCAGCUUCAACAGCAGUUACGAGACAUCGAAUGGCAUCCGAGUGGAGAACGUUGGCUACCUGAAGAGGAUCAUCAUACCCAAGACGGAGACCAGCGACGGCCAGGUAAUCGAUGAGCACGAGGAGCUCGUCCUGGUCCAGACCGGCAGCUACAGCUACAGCGAUCCCGAGGGCAACAUCAUCACGCUGCGCUAUGUGGCCGAUGAGAACGGCUUCCAGCCCGAGGGCGAUCAUCUGCCCGUUGCGCCGCAAUAGUUGCGUUUGUGUAAUUAAGAAGUUAGCGUUAAGUAUGUAUGCAUAUCUUAUAUGAAGUAUAAAGUAUUACGUACUGGAUAUAGCACAGCACAGCCCGAUGCCAUACGAUCUGUCUGCAACAAUUCAGUUCUUAUGUCACUUAUGGCACUGACAUUCACACUCACACUCACACACACCCACACCGACACACACCUGAAUACCCGAAUAAAAGACCACAGCGAAGAAGUAAUAAAUAAAUGAAUAAAUAUUGAA